AUGUUUGUAACGACACCGUGUGAUAGUUAUACGAGAAGACGCUUGAGACCUAUCGUUGAAACUGUUCUAUUAUGUGGAAAACAAAAUAUAGCAAUGAGAGGGCAUCGCGACGGCGGUGCAUUAAAUAUGCCAAUAGAAGAAAGUGUUUCGCGGACAACUGAAGGGAAUUUUAGAGCUCUCCUUCAAUAUCGUAUCAGUGGAGGAGAUUCAACUUUACAAAAACAUCUGGAAACAGCUUCGAAAAAUGCAACAAGUAUUAGAAAAACAAAAAAAAAUAUCGUUAUUUCGUGUAUUAAUGAUUUAAUUUCUCAACAGAUUGUUACUCAAGUGAAAAAAGCGCGAUUUUUUACAGCAAUGUUAGAUAAAACUGCUGACAUCGCAAACGUUGAACAAGCCAGCAUAUGUGUUCGAUAUGUCUACAACAAUAUGAUUAAUAAACGUUUUUUAAAAUUUGCUGCGGUUAUCGAUCGAACGGGAUUAGGUUAA